CUGCCUGUUGAAAAGGAAGUGCGCAACUCCACAGCACGGCAGAGGCAGAGGGGGCUCUCCACGGGGCAGUAGAACCAUAAAACCGGGACUACCACUUUUAAUCGCCAGCUCAUUCAGUCAUUUCUUCCAAAAAAAAUGACGGCGACCAUUAUUUCUCCAUUCUUCGACUACAGAGAAGCGUCCAACAAGAACAGUAAGAUGUUCAGCUACAGCAACAACAACAGUCUUGGUGGACCCCAGCUGACGUCUGUCCCAUGCCCCAGUGCCAACCUCUCUCCCUGCACCCCCGCUGGGUCCCUGCUGGACAGGAAGGCAGUGGGGGCCCCCUCUGCAGGAGGCCUGUUCCAACGCCGUCACUCAGUCAGCCUCCCCAGUGCAAAGUUCAGCCAGAACCAGUUUGUCAACAACCUUAAAAGGGAUCCCUCGGUGUUGGUGGGUAGCGGCUGCAGCAACAACAAGGAGAACCAUUUCCGUGAGCGCUCCUACUCUGAGCUGGGGGACAGGCUGUGGUCUAGCACUCAGGUGUGCAUGGGCGGAAGUGGCCAAGUCAACUCGAGCCGCUAUAAGACGGAGCUGUGCCGGCCCUUUGAGGAGAACGGAACCUGUAAGUAUGGCGACAAGUGCCAGUUCGCCCACGGCAUGCACGAGCUGCGCAGCCUGAGCCGUCACCCAAAGUACAAGACGGAGCUGUGCCGCACCUUCCAUACCAUCGGCUUCUGCCCAUAUGGGCCCCGGUGCCACUUCAUCCACAAUGCAGAGGAGCGCCGCGGCCCCCCUCCCCUCUCCGCCUUCAAUAAGAUGGAGCGCCCUCGGCUGCAGCACAGCUUCAGCUUUGCAGGCUUCCCUAGCUCCAGCGGCCAGCAGGACAGCCCCACCUCCGUCACACCCCCACCCAUGUUCUCCAACGAAGACCUGACAGAGUGGCAGAGCAACCCAUUUGCUUACUCCAGCCAGGAGCUUGCCAGCCUGUUUGGCCCCAGCUCAGGGCCCCCACCCAUGUCUGAGCAUCAGGGUCUGACCCCACCUUCCCCAACUGCCCCCUGCCUUUUCCAACCUGCAUCAGAGAGCUCCCCCAGCCCCCCGGACUCUCUGUCUGACCAGGAGGGCUACCAGAGCAGCCUAGGCAGCCAGAGCGGGUCUGAGUCCCCGCUCCUGGAUGCCUCCCGUCGCCUUCCUAUUUUCAGCAGGCUCUCUGUCUCUGAUGAUUAAGGCGUCUGCAUCCCUGAGCUGAGAUGGGAGUAAAGGAAAGGGAGGGAGAGAGGAAGAUGGAGACCAUUCACCUCCCAAACUCCCCUCUCCUCCUCUCAGCCCUGUUUACAGAAGAAGCAGGCAGCUCUGUGGAUUGUUUUAUCCAGCGAGUCACAUCAGAAAUCCAGAUCAAGUCUCUUCCAAUAUUCUGAACAGUUGGUAAAGCAGAAUCUUAUUAGCUUAGCCCUGCACUGGUGCCAUGGUGGAAUGAAUGUGAAAAGUAGCUCAGAGAUCCCAUUAUAAAGUAGUUUAAUAUGGGCCGUAGGAGUGGCAGUGGGGUCAGUGUGUGUGUGUGUUCAGUACAGGGUGUCUCUGUGCUGUACAAUGUGUGUUGCAGUGUUGUGUAUCUUUACACAGCCAUUAUUAUUAUUAUUAUUAUAAUUGCCUGUGCCACAACCUUGAUAUCUCCAAGUGGCUUGUGACAACUCAGUGUUCAGCUCAGAUCAGCACCGCAAAAUCAACAAGAGGAAGUGGGAAAGAUUCUAAAAGUGCCUUGCCUAGCUUACACUAGUCACAAAUACUAGUCAUGUGAAGCCAACAGUAAUCAUGCCCAUUUUCCUUUUCCUUUGGCUUGUCACACUGACAGAUUGCUUUCCUUCAGUCAGCCUGGAGUGCUGGUGCUAUGUGCCUUGUAAUAUAGAGCUGGUGGUCAGUUAUCAUUCUUUGUUUGCUCACCAGAGACUCACUCUUUAAAAACAGCCAGUAUUGGGAUGAAUCUUUUAAUGGGAUUCAAAAUUAUUUCUGAAGUUGGAGGUUGAGUUAAAGGGUCAUUUCACACAAAUUACCAGAAAAUGGAUUCUCUCACUUAUCAUUAGUGGCAUACCUGUACAGACCAAAUCACCAUGUUUGUUUACAAUAACUUCUGGGUAGAAAACCCCUGUGUCAAGUACAUAAAAGCAAACAGCGCUGAGCAAACGGUAACUCGGGUUAGUUUUUAGCCACCUAAAGAGAGCCCGCCAAAAGAUGUCGUCAGUUUCAGUGCACGCUGUAUUUAGAAAAUUUUCACAGCUUUACCUUGCCAUCAGACUCCACAGACAAAAACAUGUCAUUUUACUUUGCAGAACACAAGAGUGUUCUAAUGCUGCCUUGACUGCUUAGUGUGUAGUAAAGAGUUGAAACAAUUUUAAGUAAAGUGCACACUUAAACUAAUACUCAUCUUUUUUUUCUUUUUUAGGUGGCUAAGACACCUUUUUCUGCAGCCCCCAUCUACAGCAGUACAUUGCUCAGCCUAGCAAAGCAAAAAAACCCCAAGUCAGAUAGUUCGGACCACCGUGUUUAACUAUGUAUGUUUAAACGUUACAGUUAUGGCCAAAAUUGACAAUAGAAAUAAACAAGUUUCCAGUUUUCACAUAUGUCAGCAAUUCAGAUUGAUAGUUGUCGUUGUUGUUAGUGUGAAGUCAUAGUGAUUUGGUCUCUGGCUGUGCAGGUAGUGUUGAUUAUUUGUUUGGAGAUUUCUAUCUCCAUCCUAGUACAUUGGGGAUGGGCGAAGUGUGCUCACAGUAUUAAAGAGUUCCAUUUACAUUAAUUUAAAGAGCAACAUCUUUCCCAGCGCGGUCUCCGUGUUAUUCUAUUGUCCACAAAAGUCACUGGAGACAGUUUUCACCCAAACUGUUCCUUUUGUACGAAGUCAUUCCAAUAACAGCUAUUCCCGCUGAGCUCUUUGGAGUAACAGAGUAAUGAUUUGAUCACACCCACGUGAAGUGGAUUUUCACCUCGCGUUGCUCACCCCAGUGUGGACGCUGGAAUGUUUUUUUUGGUGUAUUUUGCAACAAUAUUUACUAUUAAUCGCUGCGCUAACAGUUGUGCUAACUAACUGGGGAAGGCAGCUAAAUGCUAGCUAGUUUCGUAGUUAACUACAACCAAUAGCUGGAAUCAAGUGAUGUUAGCACGGUAAACAAGGAGGCUCAGGGCCCUGAACCAGCAUGAACCAAGAUGAUAACACUCUUAAUUGUUUUUCAUAUUGUCAUGGCAGCAAAUUACUGCUUUACUUCUUCUGUUUACUUUGCACAGUAUCAGACCGCCUUAAAUCACUACAAGUGUUAUUCUUAGAGGCAGCUCAACGAAAUAGCUUACACUAGUCACAAAUACAUAUUUUCAGAUCCCACCAUGUAAUAUUACGUCUUUGCUCACUAAUCUCUGAGCCCUGUCCCUUUUUGUUCUGUGUCUGUACAGUAUAAACGUUCAGUGGCAGAGCUCCUGUGCUUGCAGACGGCAACAAUACAUUUGUCCUCCAUUUCUGAUUCUCUGUAACGUCAGGUGAAUCUCAACUAGACUUCAGUGCUAAUAGGUUUUUACAACACAGCGUCCCACAGAUUUCUCACUCAAGUCAAAAAUUUCAGCUCGUGUGAAUAGUGCAAAUUUUCCAUCUUUGCAAUCACUUUGUAAUCUGGCUGUUGAAAUUACUUGCUUCAUGUUUCAGUGUGAACACACCUUAACAGAGACUCUACACCGUAGGGGUUUAACUGUUAAAAUAAUUUCUUUGCCAACAAUUUAAUAAGGAGAGAAGUAUUUGUUUUGUUUUUUAAGAUUUGGGUGAACUGACCCUUGAACAGACUGCCAGCAGACAGCAUUUACAGCAGGUGGCAGGCUCCUCGUAUUAACUGGUCACGUUUGUCUUAAGAAUUCAAACUCUGCUAAAAUGUUUUGAUCAUUUGAUCAUGUUGGUCAGCAGCUGUGCCUGUCCAGCCCCCCAUAUAUCAGUUCUCUCAGUCAGCUGUCUGAAAUCAAAUGCGUUCCUGUCAAUUCCACCAUGUUCAUUAUUAUCAUUAUCAUUAUUAUUAUUAUUAUUAUUAUUAUUAUUAUUAUUAUGUUAUUAUUAUUAUUAUUAUUAUUAUUGUCUAGUUUUUUCCCCCCAAAGCCUUGUCAGUAAGAGCUUUGGCAGUCAUUGCUUAUUUAUCAAAAUGUAUUUAUUGCUGAUCUUAAGCAUUUUUAUUUUGUAUUUAUCUGGUUAAUGAAACAAUAGAAUAUAUAUUUUUCUUUUAUGUGAAAUUAUGAUCUUCCGUAUUAAUCGCAAGAUUGUGAAGACCUGUUUGUGUUGUUAUUUUUUUUUCCACAGUUAAUAUAUUACACUGCAAUGACAUGUUUUGUAACAUUUGAUUUAUUUUGAAAUCUUAAUUUAAAACACAAAGGUUUAUUUAUUGUCCUCCCAUGUGUUGGACUGCAGGUCGAGCUUCUCUGUCGCAGUCUGAAGGCACAAAUGCACUGGAGGCAUCAGAGUUGAUGCCCCUGUGCAUGUUAGAGACAAAUUGUCGUUUCGGGGUGGGGGUGGGGUGGGGGUUAGGUUAUGCAGCUGCCAUAAUCAAGUUCAAAUGAUGUUAAAAGCUAAUACAGUAUUAGCAAACUAAUCAGGUAACUAAGCUAGUGGCAUAUAGUUGUUAAGGGUGUGGAUAAAGUGUGAAUACACUUAGGGUGCAGGUGGUGCUGGGUUAACAGGGUUCUGCAUGCGGCUCUUGGGUGUUGGCGGCUCCAGAGAUGAUAGCCGGUGUGUCUGUUUCUGAAGCCGUUUCUUUCUUUCUACACAUUGUUUCCGUUUUUGCCAGAGCAGCUCAUGCCUAAAGUGUGAAAUUCACAAUGAAUGUAUAUAAACCCCAUGUUUAAUUGACAAGUGAAAUUAGAUCCAUUUUAUAUUUGCAAAAUAUUUUUUAAAAUUUGUGAAUCUUUGUAUUUGUAGAAGGUGUUUUAUAUUUACAGAUUACACAUUAACACACAAACUGUUGAUCUGUUAACACAAAUAGUUGUGACACAAACUCUUUUUCCGAACCUUUCAACCAUGUUUGGAUUGCACUAAAAUGUUUGGAGAAAAUAUGUUUGUAUUUCUCAGAUACAUAAAACAAUACAUUUAGUGGUUUUAGACCUCCAUCUUGUGUCAUUCUAGAACCAUCUGCAAAAAUAAUAUUGCACAGCACAAUUAGGGCUGGGCAUUAUCGAGAAAAUCAAGUAUCACAAUAACUUUGACCAAAUACAUUGAUAAUGAUAUUACGAUGAUAUUAGGGUUAACUACUGGUGCUUUCACAAAAUAUUUACUCAGAUAUUUUUUUUGUUUUUUUAUAAAUAAUCAUCAGUAAUGUGGAUAUGAUGACUAAGUGGGUGAAGACAAAUAAUAGAACAGCUACAACAGUUGGGCAAGUUCUGAAAAUGACAUCACUUUACUGUAAUGCAGCCUUUAAAAACAGGAAAAGACAACACAACAUAUAUCCAAAAUCUACAAGCAUAUCGAGUCUCUUAUCACCAUGUUGAUAUAUUGCCCAGUCCUGAGCACAGUAUUCAAAUGUGACUAUUAAUACUUAAAUAUUGAAUUUGUUUGAAUGCUGAGUCUGUUGUGUGUUGGAACCCUGUUUACAGCUCCCACCUGCAUCUUGCUAAAUGUUAUAUUUCCAGACUGAAGUGCCGCACAGUAACCAGGGCUUCCACUGUGUUCAGGCCUCUCAUCCCUGCUGCAGUUCUGGGCAGCAUCUUUAUUCUCUCGAAUAUAAACUGGCUCUGGAACAGUCCCAUCAGUGUCCUUUAUUAGGAUGAUUUGAUUAUUAGUAUCACUGAAUCAGUUUAACCCUGUGACUAAAGCAUUUAAAGCUCUUAUUUUGACAAGGCGAUGGAAGCAUGCCUGUCCCAUGGUAUCACGCACAGACUUAUUAGCACUUUGAGUCAUCACGAUGGUGAUGAUGAUGUAAAGGUUAUUUUUUAACCACUUUGCCCAUGAAAGUGCCUAUAAAUACAUUCCAGGUGUCCCACAUGUUGUGCCUUCAUAUUUUUCUAUAAGAGAGCAGAUAAAAGCCUUAAAUGUAUUCCUGUAGGUUAGAGGUUAACAGGAUUGACACAUGAGAAGCAACUGUUGAAUGUAUUCUCCAGCAGCUGUUGCUGUUACUACAGUGGUUUUGUUCAUGGUUAUUUUGUAAUGACAGAUUGCAGUUAAAACCAAUAAAACAUGUAUUUAUAUUGAA